AUGAGAGUAUUCAUACUGGAGAGAAACCAUACAAAUGUACCAAAUGUGGCAAGGCCUUUAGACAAUGGGCGGACAUCAGGAUUCACCAAAAAAUCUAUGCUGGAGAGAAACCUUACAAGUAUGAUGAGUGUGGAAAAACCUUUACCCAGGCCUCUCACCUCACUAUACAUCAGAUCAUCCAUACUGGAGAGAAACCAUAUGAAUAUGAUAUAUAUGGCAAAGUCUUCAAUCAAAAUUCACAUUUCAAAAGUUAUCGUAGGAUUUGUACUGGAGAGAAGCCUUACAAAUGUGUGUGGCAAGGUCCUCAGUCAAAAUUCACACCUUGUAAAUCAUCAGAGAAUUCAUACUGGAGAGAAAUCCUACAGAUGUCAUGAAUGUGGCAAAGCCUUUACUCGAGGCUCACGCUUCAUUAAUCAUCAGAUAGUUCAUACUGGAGAGAACUUUCCAAAUGUACUAAAUGUAGCAAGGCUUUUAAGAAUGGCCCUAAACUCAGGACUCACCAAAUAG